CUCCCGAUGGCAACGUCAGUUCCGGUGUGUCUAGCCGGCAGACUUGAAGACAGAAAGGGUGCCCUGCUGUAUAUUUCCACUCAGCAACCAAUCAACUAAUUAUCCUGCGGUGGUGACCCUGGCAUUGCACCAUGCCAUUUGACUUCAGGAGGUUUGAUAUUUACCGGAAGGUACCCAAAGACCUCACACAACCAACUUAUACAGGCGCUAUAAUUUCCAUCUGCUGCUGUCUCUUUAUUGUCUUCCUCUUCCUAUCAGAGCUCACCGGAUUUAUUGCCAGUGAGAUUGUUAAUGAACUGUACGUAGAUGACCCUGAUAAAGACAGUGGAGGUAAAAUUGAUGUGAGCUUAAACGUAAGCUUGCCUAACCUACACUGUGAAUUGGUGGGGCUGGACAUUCAAGAUGAAAUGGGGAGACAUGAAGUUGGUCACAUUGAUAAUUCUAUGAAAAUCUCUAUCAACAACGGUAAUGGCUGUCGGUUUGAAGGCCGUUUCAGUAUAAACAAGGUACCUGGCAAUUUCCAUGUGUCAACUCACAGUGCCACUGCUCAGCCACAAAAUCCUGAUAUGAGCCACUUCAUUUACAAGUUGUCCUUCGGUGAUGUUUUGCAGGUUCAAAAUAUUCAUGGUGCUUUUAAUGCCCUUGGAGGAGCAGAUAAACUGGCCUCAAAUCCACUGGCAUCCCAUGAUUAUAUCUUGAAGAUUGUGCCAACAGUUUAUGAAGAUCUAAAUGGGAAGCAGAAGUUUUCUUAUCAGUACACUGUGGCUAAUAAGGAAUAUGUUGCAUAUAGUCAUACAGGGCGAAUAAUUCCUGCAAUCUGGUUCCGAUAUGACCUGAGUCCAAUCACUGUCAAAUACACAGAAAGGAGGCAGCCGAUGUACCGGUUUAUAACAACAGUUUGUGCCAUCAUUGGGGGAACAUUCACCGUAGCUGGAAUUCUGGACUCCUGUAUUUUCACAGCUUCUGAAGCCUGGAAGAAGAUUCAGCUUGGAAAACUACAAUAGGGACUGUCUACAUCACCUACCACCUUCCUGUAAAUUGUGGAAGAAUUGAAGGCAACAACCAUACACCUGAAGUUUAAACAUUUUGAAUGAGUGAAUGAUGUGUUAAUUUAAAUUCUAUGGACAAGCAGUAAGUUGCUUGGCAACAGCUCCCAAUCAGUUUCUAGUUUACCUGGUAGUGUUAAAUCUGAAUAUGUGCUCUGGUGUACCUUCCUUCAGAUACUGGAUAGUAUAUAAAAACUUCUGUUUGUUAAUAUAUCCCCAUUACAUAAUCAGAUGUUUAUAUUUUCCAUAGUGCCUUUGAUCCACUCAAGAUCCAAUAGCACCAUGCCUUGAUCAUUCGCUGUAUUGUUUUGUCAAAAAGUAUGGCUCAGUAAUUCGUCAGAGAGAGAACUUGUAAGCCUUUGACAGAGAUGCCAUGCAGUAGUUUUUAGUCACUGGAAGCGUUUUGUAAAUACGUCUAAGUAUACUUAAAAAAUAAGAGGCUAUACAUCAAUCAAGUUAUCUGUUCUUACCUCAUACAGAGAUCAUUGUUUACUUGUUUGUUUCUUAAACCAGCACUCCAAGUGCCAUUUUGAUAUGUAGAGAUCUCUGCUGCACAGGAAGGAACAAAUGGUCUAGGCUAAUGGCAGAUGCGCCACUUUACGGAGCUUCGCACACGUAAACCAAGAGCUGUACUGUAGCAUUAAAGGGACAUGACACCCACAUUUUUUCUUUCAUGAUUUAGAAAGAGAAUGCAAUUUUAAACAUCUUUCUAAUUUACUUCUAUUAUCUCAUUUGUUUUAUUCUCUUGAUAUUCUUUGCUGAAAAGCAUAUCAAGAUAUGCUCAGUAGCUGCUGAUUGGUUGCUGCACAUAGAAGCCUUGUGUGAUUGGCUAACCCAUGUGCAUUGCUUUUUCUUCAACUAAGGAUAUCUAAAAAAUGAACCAAAAUAAAUAAUAGAAGUAAAUUGUAAUGUUGUUUAAAUUUGUAUUCUCUAUCUUAAUCAGGAAAGAAAGAUUUUGGGUUUAGUGGCCCUUUAAGGAGGGUGGGGUUUAGAAGUAGAGACGGCUAUCUAGGAGCCAGAUUUCUUAUUAUGAAAGUGCAAAAGACUAAAAUCUUUAUAAAUUUCAGAGUUCCUGAAAGUCACGAAUGCACACGCCUAGUUUUCAGUGUUCGUUUCACAUGUGCAAGUUCCCAGUUGAUCUCUUGUGGCCUUGUUUAAUAAAACAUUAAAAUAUUGUUUAAAUAACACACUCUAAUUCGAGUGCACAACUAAAUCACAAUAACUUUAGUGUUCAUUUAUUUAAAUGUUCAUCCUAAAAUUACUUUAAUUAUAUGAAAAAUGCUGUUUGCGCAUGGUUUGAAUUGUUAAAAUUGGUUAAAGGGACAGUAAACACCUUGAGAUUAUUUUUUUAUAUGUAUAAAAUGUUUUGUUAUGCAAAAUGAA